CUACUUUGAUCGUGUGUUGUAAACAAUAAGUUAUGUGCACUUUCUUCUACUUGGAAUAGAAAUGGCGUGUGGUGUUGGAUUGUGUGUUGUAAUGAGAAUGCUAUGAUGCUGGCAACUUUAAUAGGGUUACAGUAAAUCUACUUUCUUUCCUUAAUUAUAUUAUUCCAAUAGAAUGUGGGAUGCCAGAUCGGUCUAAGCUGGGAACGUUUGUCUAGUAUAUUCUACUCUGUAAAGUCAGGCUCUUUCUUGGUCUAUUCGAAUUAUGUCAACCUAAACAAGGGAACAAUGGGCUCCAUCAAAGUUUGAUUUAAGGGUUUAAAACUACACGUUCACAACGGAUCUGGAUCGUCUUCUAAGGUAGGGCUUUUUAUCUGUGCUGUAUGGUAUGCGGAAUGGUAUGGACAACGUUUUCGUGUGAAUUUUCAGAUGCCUAUAAUCUUUAUCUGUGAAGGAACCAAAAUGGUUGUUGCUGCAGCAGCAAUGAUGAUGGGUUCGGCAACUCCGCACACACAGAACAAGAUCUCUUCGUCUUCUCCAGGGAAUGCAACAAUGAAGGUGGGUGCUCCUGAGAGUGUUGAUGUCAAGUCAAAGAAAUCGUCCUCCGCCUACAAGGGAGUUCAAGUUAAUGGAAACGCUCAUGCAGGUGUGAAGAUCAAUGGCACCAAGGUCAAUGGCACUGCUGUUGAUAGCUUAAACAUGAAGAAUAAUGUCGGAUUGAAGGAUUUUGUAGAAGAAGAAAGCCCUGCUAAAAGCAGGAUCAAUAUGCUCCCAGAUUGGAGUGUUCUUCUUGCAGCUAUUGCUACUAUUAUCUUGGCAGCUGAAAAACAGUGGACAGAUUUUGAUUGGAAGCCGAGGAAACCGGACAUGUUUGGUGAUGUUUUUAGGCUGGGGAGGUUUGUGGAAGACAGUUUUGUGUUCAGGCAGAAUUUUGCAAUAAGGUCAUAUGAGGUCGGUGCAGAUAAAACGGCUUCUAUUGAAACUUUGAUGAACCAUCUUCAAGAAACAGCUCUGAAUCAUGUUUGGCUUUCUGGGCUAGCAGGGGAUGGGUUUGGGGCUACCGUCGAGAUGAGUCGAAGAAAUCUUAUGUGGGUUGUAGCUCGCAUGCAAAUUCAAGUGGAAAGAUAUCCCUCCUGGGGUGAUGUUGUGGAGAUAGAUACGUGGGUGGGUGCAUCGGGUAAAAAUGGUAUGCGGCGUGAUUGGCUUGUUCGUGAUAUAAAGACAAAUGAGGUUCUUACAAGAGCUACCAGUACUUGGGUAAUGAUGAAUAGAAAGACUAGAAAAUUGUCUAAGAUUCCAGAUGCCGUGAGAGAAGAAAUAGAGCCUUAUUUCACCGACAGGCAAGUUAUUGUGGCAGAAGAUACUCGAAAGCUGCACAAGCUUGAUGAUGACACUGCACAGUAUAUAUGUUCAAAUUUAACUCCACGCUGGAGUGACUUGGACGUAAAUCAACACGUCAACAAUGUGAAAUACAUUGGCUGGAUUUUGGAGAGUCUGCCAACGUCCAUUCUAGAGGUCAAUGAACUUGCUAAUAUAACUUUGGAGUAUAGGCGUGAAUGUGGGCCGUCGCAUAUACUCCAAUCAUUAGCUAGUCCACAAGUUGUUGAUGGGAUGGGUUCUGCAUCAUUUAUGCAUGCAGAAGAGCCCCCCGACACAUGCAAAUCCUCACCUGCACCGCAGUUUAUGCAUUUGCUUCGACUGCAAGAUGAAGGGUCGGAAAUUCUGAAGGCAAGAACAGAAUGGAGGCCUAAGGGAUCUAAGAUGGUCGUUCACAACCUUUGAAUGCACAUUAUGCAGUGUACAUAAUGUAUACGUAUUGAUGCUUUCUUCAAUCUUGAUUUUAUUGAUGCUUCUCUGUGAUGCUGCUUUCUAGUAAUUAUUUGUCCUGCAACUGGACCAAGGAUGCCUUCUUGAUUUGAUGGAUGAAACAAUGCCAGAUCUAGCAAACAUUUUGUUAGGCUUUUGAAUCAUGUUUCGCAUCUCCCAGAUGCCAGGCUCGUAGAUUUUCUUCAGUAGGCUUCUUGGAAAGUCAGUACCUCAUUUUGACAGAUGCUCUGUAUUUGUGGUCACCCUAAGAUGAGUGCAUGUAAAAAUAUUGAACUCCAUGAAAGGAGAUAUUGUAUGCUGAUUUGAACUGUUUCUUUAGGUUGACAGUAAAUUUGAAAAACAGUUCAAAUCUGAAUUGGAUAUUACUACUAUCUAAAUGGAAGUUGUGAAUUAACUUCAAUAUAAAAUCUUUUUAUUGUAUUUCA